AUGGCCGCCAGCUCCGCUGUCAAAUUGCCUCCAAAUUUUGACAUUGAGGCGAAAAAUGCUGCCGCUGAAUGGACUUUUUGGAAGCAAGAAUUCGAAGACUAUCUUGUGUGUACCGGUCGACACGAAAGCGACGACCAAGUCAAACUGUCGCUUCUUCGGAACAUGAUGGGCCAUGCUUCAGCUCGUCGAGUUGCUCAAAUUCCUAUGACCGACGCAGAGAAAAAGAAGUACGACAGCACAAUAGCAGCCAUAGAAAAGUAUCUCAAACCUAGGGACACAGUGGUUUUUGACCGUCACAUGUGGUUAUUGCGUGUCCAAGAAGAAGGUGAAAAUUUUGAACACUUUCUUUCCGAUUGCCGUGAACUACUCGCCGCCUGCAAGUAUGAUGAGAAGGAUCCAGAAGAGCCUCUCAUUGAUCAAUUUUUGAGGGACAAAAUUGUCCAUGGCAUCCGUGAACCAAGUACUCGUCAAAAGUUACUUGGAACAGAAAAACUCACCCUGGGGAAAGCUGAAAAUUUGUGUCGUUCUGUGGAGCAAAGCUGCAGCCAAGCGGAAUUUUUCAAUCCUCCACUAGUUGUGGAUGCUGUAAAAAAGUUCCAGAGAAGAAGCAGAGAUAAACCUGAAGAUAAACCUGUCAAAGUAGAUAUUCCGGCAGGAAAAUUUAGCUGUAGGCGAUGUGCCACCAUUCAUGGUAAAAAAGAAUGUCCAGCGUAUGGCAAACCAUGUGAAAGGUGUGGAAUUUUAAAUCACGUCAAAGAGUGCUGCCGAAGAACACUAACAGUGAACAAAGUCACUGUGAAAACGACUGACUCUGACUCGGAGGAACUUCUGUUCUCUGACAGAGUUGAACUAAUUGACACCUGUGCUCUUCAAGAAGUGGAAAGUCCCUCUGAAGACAUCUUCAAAAUCCUGUCAGCAGCGCUAUCAAGAGCAGAAAAGUCGGAGUGGUAUGAAACAAUCCUAGUGGACAAUCAGCCUUUAUAUUUCAAGCUAGAUCCAGGUAGUGAUGUUACCAUUAUUCCUCUGCAUAUUUUUAAGACUCUCAGUGCAGAAUAUAAACCAAUUAUGUCACAUUCAAAACUUCAGCUCGAAGGAUUUGAGGGCUUAAGAUGUCGUCCAUUAUAUGCUAUUAAUUCCAAGCUCAAAUAUGGUGACUUGGAGAUAAGUGAUACAGUUUUCAUCAUUGAAGCCCCUACCCUCUCCAAAUCUUUACUAGGAAAACCAGCUUGUCUGAAACUCAAGUUGGUACAGAGAACUUAUGGAGUCUACCAUGUCACAUCAGUAUCACCAAGUUGUAAGGAAAAUUUUAUCCAACUCAAUAGUGAUGUGUUCAAAGGAGUAGGACGUUUUCCUGAUGUGUGUGGCAUUCCAACUAAAGAAAUAACUCAUCAGAUCUGCCACCCUCCCACAAGAGUAGUAGACUGUCUUCGCACCACUCUGAAAGUUGAGCUGGAUAGACUGGAAACCCGUAAGGCUAUAGCAAAAGUUGAUGUGAUUGAUCCUAGAGCAUGUGUCAGCAGAAUGAUAAUGGUAGAAAAACCAAAUAAGAAAGUGCGAAUCUGUCUGGACCCCUCAGAUCUUAAUACAUUUGUAGUGAGAAAGCCUAAAGAAAUUCCGACAGUUGAAGACAUUGCCACUAAGCUUAGAGGUAAAAAUUUUUUUAGUGUGUUUGAUUUAACGGAGGGCUUUCACCAUAUUGUUCUAGAUGAAGAGUCAUCGUGGAAAUGUUGUUUCGCUACUGUUCAUGGAGUGUACAGAUAUCUUGUGUUACCUUUUGGUCUAUUAAUGGCCCCAGAACUUUUUCAAGAUCAAGUGGAAAAAUAUUUUGGUGACAUCCCCAAUGUGAUAAUAAUGUUUGAUGACUUGCUAGUAGCUGGUGCCACAGAAGCAGAACAUGAUAAAGCUGUUUCUGAUCUCCUUACUAGAGCCAGGGAAAAAGGUGCCAUAUUUAAUAAAGACAAGUUACAAGGUUAA